AUGAGGAAAAACACCACCACGGGUGCGGAGCCAGGGUAUAUGGAGCGAAAGUUCGUGGUGUUCGAGAGCUACCUUCUGCAACUCUUUGAAGUAUGCCAGUCUUGCUACAGCCCCUGCAAGGCAUCCAUCAAGUCGAAUGGUACACUGAUCUCUGUGUACACCUCCUGCCCUGCUGGUCACACGAACCGCUGGGACAACCAGCCCUACAUCAACGGCAGGGGGGCUGGAAACUUGCUCCUAACGUCCAUGGUCCUGUUUACGGGUGCCUCUCCCGCCAAAACGCUGCGCCUGUUCCGGAUGAUGAACAUCCAAGUUUUCUCCGUGAAGACUUACUUCAACUAUCAGCGGGCAAUUUUAGUUCCAGCUGUUGAAGAGGUGUGGAGAGAUGAGCAGAAGCUGCUGCUGGACGAGCUCAGCGACGAGCCGUUUGACCUCGCUGGAGAUGGGAGAUGCGAUUCUCCAGGCUUCAGCGCCAAGUACCUCACAUACUCCCUGCAUUUGCCACGUGUAAACAAAAUCCUGCACUUUGAGCAGGUGCAGGUUGGAGAGUGUGAGGCGGUCCGCUGCAGUGGGCAUAUGGAGAAGGAAGGCCUCCUGCGCUCCCUGGCCUUCACAAGGGACGAAGGGCUCACGGUGCGGUCCCUAACCACCGACAGGCACCGCUCCAUUGCGAAGCACCUGAGGGAGAAGGAACCGGACAUACUCCACUUCUUCGAUGUCUGGCAUGUCUCUAAAAGUAAAUGUCAUUUGCUCUGGACCAGCUCAACUUUGCAAACAAACAGCCUACACUGCUCGUCAACAUGGCAAAAGUGGGGUUUUGGCGACCCAAGCAAUGUCCUACUUGUUGGGAAACAGAGCCCUUUGUCAUUGGGUGGGAAUGUUUAA